GUGGACGUCACGGUCAGGUAGAGCGCAGUGAAAGUCGCUCGUGAACCUAGAACCGGGCAAACCUAAUAGGUACAGUGAACAGCAUAGUGACGCAGCAAUGUCUCGCACGAGCUUCCCAUCAUUCAUUUCACAAGUUAUCAGGGGCUUAGCAUUGAAUAGCACUGGACCUGAUGCUCAGCGUUGUCGGUGAGCAAUGAGGUCCUAUUAGAUGUGGUUUCAUCUCGACUUCAUAUCUAUCAGUUGUGGGAAUUUACAAGGAAGGUUGAUCUAACUUGGAAACAGCGAAGAUGGACGUAUCGCAAACCAACUACUGUCUAUUUAGUGAUAUCUCAAAUUCGGUAAAUAUCGAGACAAAAUUAAUUUUACCGAAUUGCUGCAAAGUGGUCCGGUGGCGCAGCCGUGUCAUAUAGGCAUCCUGGAGAGUGUGGCUAGCCGAGUCACUGCGUUCGAACCUCAGAGAAGAAUUUGCGGUGACAAGCAGGUUAAUUUGAAUAGCCCGUGAGAAAAUCCCUCACUUGUAAUUAUGUGAGUGAUGGUCCAACGACUUGAACUUUUCUCUCCGCUAUCUUUAUUAAAGAACGAAAAGGUUGCAUUCAUUUGGAAUUGAAGGGAUCAUAUCAAGUCUCUCUCAUGGAUUGUGCCGAUGUUGUAUUUUACUUUGAAUUCAAGCCCACAGAGUCGCCUUAGGGACUUGUCAACUGAUAUUUGUUUCAUUUUUAAUUUUUCAACACCGCUGCAUUGGAUCAAAAAUGGAUUUGUCAUUGUAGACUACUCCUGCUGCUGAAGACCGCGCUCUCCUUUGGGUGUUUUUGACUUUUCUUUCUCAACGAUGCAGCUCAUCCGACUAGCGUGGGCUUUAACGGGAGCUGCAAUCUGCUGUUUCGUUAUCCUCCUUAUUCACUCACAUGUUCUAAAAGAAGGUCAGUUGGCAGCAGGUACUUGUGAGAUAGUUACUCUGGACCGGGACAGCAGUCAGCCACGGCGGACCAUAGCACGACAGACGGCGAGGUGUGCCUGCAAAAAGGGUCAGAUUGCAGGCACCACGAGAGCCAGUCCGGCUUGUGUAGACGCUCGCAUUGUGAGGAGCCGGCAGUGGUGUGAUAUGAUGCCUUGCUUGGAAGACGAGGGCUGUGACCUCUUAGUAAACCAGUCGGGCUGGACCUGCACACAGCCUGGGGGCCGGGUGAAGACCACCACGGUCUCCUGACGAUGGCGGGGAAUGACUCUCCGGAAAGAGAGAAGGAAUGGUGUGUGAGCUGCUUCCCAUGGUCAAUCGCCUGUGUGGAUCAUACGUUGUCUUAUCAUCAGCUGUCCGUCCAUUGUCCUGUGCAACAGAGUGAAACCACAUCAAAUCUACGGUGCCAAAGGCCCGGACUCCGAAUACAGGAGCUGGAGCUAAACAUCGAACCGAUGGACUCUGCAAUACUGUAUUAUUCUGUGGGAGACCAAACUUAUUUUUCAGUGGGUCGUCUUGAAGUGGGUCGUCUUGAACUUCUGGAUAUGACCCAGGACGAGAUUCUCUUUUGGAGUUUACACUUGGCAACUCCUCUGCAGUGUUUUUACAGAAUACAGACCAAAGUUAAAGACCAUGUUAUGGAGGACACAGUGGACUAUGGGAUAAGGGGUUUAGAGACGUAUUAAAGUUGAUAAAACAUGCAAUCCUGUAUUCCCACUUACACUUUGAUAGACAUACCCACAAAUGUACCCACGGUGACUUAUUUCGCAGAGUAAUUGUGUACAAAUUAAUGACAAUAAUUGGAAGGCAAAAGAAAUAAGUCAAAGGACAUUGUGUAAUUUGUCAAUGACAUUUAUUUUAGACUACUAAACUGUACUUGUGUACUCACUGCUCUAUUUUGAACAUUAAUUAAAUCAGAUUUACAUUUUCCAUUGCUAUAAUAUUUUGAAAAUUUGCAGUCAGCAUGGCUGGUUAUAGUGAAACAAGCAAAUCAUUUCUCACCAGGAAAGAAGAGGAGGAAAAGAGUAAAUCCGUCAUAUCUGUUUGGGGGAAAGAAACAUUACAUGUAUUUUCAAAAGCCUAAAGUUAUAUAUUUAACAGUUUUAUAUGUUGUAUCUUUGUAGAAAACCUUAUUUAGCACUGGAACUGUGGUCACAUUGCCAAUCAUAAACUGUGCAUACACAAUGAGCUAUGUCCAGCUACUGGUCUGUCUUGUUCAUUUGAACAAAGUCAAGUGGCUCUGCCUUUCCAUUCUGUUGAAUUAUUUUUUCAUCAUAAAAUCAACUAUUUAACAUGAAAUGAGGUGGAAAUUACAAUAUUAAAGCAACCAGACAAUUGUACAGAACCCGUUUAUGAAGAAAGGUUAUAUUUUCUAAAUUUGUAGCCCACAGUUACCUUUGAAAAUGUUGCACAAUUUCAGGUUUUAAUUUUCAACCCACCUUUACUACUUUAAACAACCAAGCUACUGCCAUAUUUAAUGGAAGGGGGAGACACAACGAGACAUUUCAUGAUUUUCAAACUGGUGACUACAGAGUUUGCAACUAAAGCUCAGAAAGUUAUAACUUUAUGUACAUUUCAGCAAGUUAACUUUACGGGAAGCUCUUGAGCUAGUAAGCUUUGACCCUGCUGGAUAAGCUACCACCAACAUGCUGUUUUGCAUGCUGUUCAGAAGAAACACCACUGAAGGUAGUGACCGUGUGAGCACCAUUUUAGCAGUGCAAACCUCGUGUUGGGAUUAUGCCACAGCAGUUCAGAGUAUUCUUCUUUGAUCAGAAUUGGUUCAAAAUUAGCGACAAAUACAAAUAGUAUAUGGGCCAAUUUUAUUAGAGAGACUUCAUGGGAAUAUCAUUUGAAUAGGUAAACGUUGAUUUACAUCAUCCUACAGUAUGCACCAGGCAAAAAUUGAUUUAAUUAAUUGUUUCCUCAUUAUUUUAACUGACAUAAUCCGGUUGCAUCAAUGUGGCUGGCUGGUAGAAUGUGGAAAAAUGCGUGUGUCUCAAUAACAUGCAGUACAUCGUAUGCAUGGUAUACGUUCGCAAUAUUUCCUUCUUAAAGAUUUUAAGGCUGGAAGAACACUUGAACAACAAUUCAUGAGCAUAGUAUUCUGUUCUCAAAUGGCCAUUUAAAGGGAGGUUGAACAGACUGAUUUCUCCUCUGUUUUCUUCAUCAUCAUUAAGAGCAGUAUGAUUUGAUGUGGGUGUGUUAUGUUCUCUAUACAAUGUGCAAGUGACGCGUCAAUGUUACUUCUGCUAAGAAUGAGCCUCAAUUUUGCAUCAUCAAAGUCAUGAAAACAUGGCCGUUUAAUAUAUAUAAAAUUGUAUAGGUGUUUCUGAGUGAAUUAACUUACUAUGUUCCGUUUUUUCAAAGUAUUUCAUUAGAACCACACACAUGAACUAUAAAUAUUUCUAGAAAUCUGUCCUAGAUUUUUUUGUAAAUGCUGGCUGGAAAUAUUCAGUUAAAAAAACCUGACUAAUAUAAUUUAAAAAAACACAUAAAAUGGCCUGUAACUAACAACUUCUGACCGUUCUGUAAGUCCUCAGCUCGAUAUGGGAAAGCUCCGGAAUGGUAUACAGCAGGAGAUUUCUCUAACUUUCUGCGACUUGUCUUAUUUCUUGAGUGUCAAAUAUUUUGAUAAAGGCAUCCGGUACAAAUAUUAAUAUCAUUUUACACACAGUCAGGUCCAAAAUUAUUGGCACCCUUGAUAAAAAUGAGCAAAAAAGACUAUAAAAUAAAUAAUUCAAAUACUGAGCUAUAUUGUAUGCUCAAACAAAUGGGACAAUUAUAUUAUGUAAAACUAAUACAAUUGCUCAGAGAAAUAUCUUUUUUUUAACAAAACAAUAUAUCCUUUGUCUGUGCUUUUGUACAGCCCUCUUCAAUUCAAACCACAGGUUUUCAAUGGGGUUCAAGUCCGGAGACUGAGAUGGCCAUUGCGAAAUGUUGAUUUUGUGGUCAAUUAACAAUUUCUUUGAUGUGUGCUUGGUUUAUUGUCUUGCUGGAAGAACCAUUUGACAGUUGUGUUUGUGAUGCUAACUUUAGCUCACGAAUGUGAGGAUUUUAAAUGUUUAAAAAAACCAAAGCUGUUAAUUAAUAACAAGUCUUGUUCUUUCAACAUAACAUUGGAGACAAUGUAUUGUAUCAAUAUCUUGUUCGUUGUCUCAUGUCAAUCAAACAAGUCCCGAGGCUGUGCAUGCUAAUGACAAUUGGGUACUUCUGCUGUCUGUAAAGAAAUGAGUGGAUUGUAGGUUGA